GGUGUCAGUGUAUAGCAACAAUCCACCACUCCCAAUAAAAAAAUACCAACAGUGCUUGUACCAAAACAAUUCUCUCGUUCGCAAUCAAAAGUAUGCAAAAAUCCUCACAUAUAGUGCGCCAGGAUUCGGAAGAAAGAUUGCCAACUACUCAUUACAAAGUAAUUGUUCCAACAAUGAAGCGACGUACAUUGGCUGGGACCUUUGGUGUUGGUGUGUUUGUGAUCGCGUUCGCUGCAAUUGUCAUCUCGUUCGCCACACCCAAUUGGUUGGCAAGUGAUGACCGUAUAACGGGUGCAAAAUUGGAACGUCUGGGGCUGUGGGUGCACUGUUUUCGGUCUUUACCUGAUGUAAAUGACGAUAGCCAACGUCGGUUCUUCGUGGGAUGUCGAUGGGUUUAUGAUCCCUUCACAACGGGCUAUGACGAGAUUCGAGGCUUUCUACUGCCCGCAUUCAUGAUUGCAACACAAUUCUUCUAUACACUCGCAUUUAUUGGAGCGCUAGUAUCGUGCGUAGGAGUUUUGGUCUUCUUCCUCUGCGCUGGACCGGACCAGAAAUACUUUGUAACACUUAUCAAAUUAAUAGGGUAUGUAAUGUUGGGUACAGGGGUGUGCGCCGCUAUAGCAGUCAUCGUUUUUGCAUGCUUUGGUAACCGUAACGGCUGGAUGCCGGAGCAUGCCAACAAUUGGUUCAGUUGGUCAUUCGUACUAGCUUGCGUUGGAGCGAUAUUCUCUUUGGUUACAGCAAUACUCUUUUUGACCGAGCAGAAUGUACAAGCGAAAAAACGCAUGCAAUUUAAGGAAUCCCAAACGCGUUUUGAGUUGAUGCAAGGUAAAGCCUAGUUAUGGCGUGACCUUUCGACGGAAGAGCUCACACUGCUGGAACGUAAAUAUAAUCGCAAGAGAAAAUAUUUGGGGUUAGAAGCGCAGCGGUGCAAAAGUGGCGCUGCCCUAUAAAUAGCAAGUGUGUUCAAGCAUAAAGCGUAAAUAGACAUAGAAUUAAAAAGAACUACUUUUCGUUUAGUUUGCCUAUUCGAAGUUAAAGUAAACGACCAGUUUUAGAGUUAAAUCGGGAAAAAUAGUCUUAAGUUUAUGCAAUUUCGUAAAAGGGUUAAAUCACAUGCAUAUACAUUGUACAUACAUAAUGAAUUCACAUAAUUCAGCACAAAAAAUGCCAAGAAACGCAGUUGGUACUUAUGACAUGCAUUUACAUAUUUAUAUACAUACAGCAUUUUUGUAGUCAUUUAAGACUGUCUUAAAGCAAAACCAUUGCAUUUGUGUCCAACAACGAAUUUUCAUUAGAAUCUCAAGCUUUACGCAUAUAUUAGAUACUUGAGCACGUAUUUUUGAAAAGUAAUACUAAGCGUAAAAACUGCAAAAAAUUAAUUACAAAUAUUGCUGCUAUUUUGGUAUUUUCUAAGCAUCACACAGCUGCUUGUGUUGGUUUGUGAAUCGUUAGCACUAUGUGCACUUUGAAAGGUUACUUCUUAAAUUGAUGUAUGCAUAAAUUAUUUAAAGAAUCUCAAACUACUUAGUUUACACCACUUUGUCUCUAAAGCUAACUCCGUCCAUUUAAUCUUUUGUGAAAAAUAUUCAAUUAAAAUGUGCCUUAAGUAAAAUCGUUAGCUAUAGUAUAUAUGCAUAAGUAAACCUCGAACUAAAGGCAUUUAAUUAUGAACUACACGCAAAUUGAAUGCAUAUUUUCUGCUACAAAAAUUGCAUAAACUUUCGCUUUGUAUUCACACCACCUAUUCAUAAGUAAAUACAAACAUACAUAUGUAUAAGGAAAUAAUACUAAAACAAAACAGUUGAAUGAGCACAAGAUUUGCAUGUUUAUUGUAAAAAAGAUUUACAACACAAAGAUUGUUGAAACAUUGAAGACGCACAUUAACGGUACAUUAUAUAAUUGUUAAAUAUUUUUUUUUAUUACCUUGUGCAUCUAAGUAGUAGUGCCUUAGGAAGACAAUAUUGUACAAAUCUACAAAAAUAUUCAAAGCAUUAGUAUGUAAACAAUACAACAAUGUUAAACGAUUUACAUUUAAUAUAAUAAUAAUUAACAUUCCAUUAGAUAUUUUCAAAAAUACAAACACAUGUUUUGCAAAGUAUUAUUCAAAUAUAUAUCCGUCCAUUUACACAAAUUACAAUUGCUGCUAAAAUUUACCUUGUGUCGUCUCGUAAUCACACGAAAUUUUACCAUUAUAUUUUAUACAUAGUUAUAUGAGCUCAUACAAAUACGAGUAUAUACGCAUACGAUAUCUUUACACCGUUGUUUGUAUAUUUCACUAUCAUUCGAAAAUUAAUAAAAAUCUCAACACAA